AUGAAGUUCAGCUUUUACUCAUUCUUAUAUGGUGUUAUUUUGGAUGCAUUUGACAUGAAAUUGUGGGGUAAAGAGGCAAGACACUGGAGACACCAAAACCACCAGCUUCUGAAUGUGGCAGAGCGUUGGACUUUAAUCAUUGAUGAUGCCCUAGCUAAUUCUUUUGUUGCUCCAGCAACUGAUGAUAUAAAAGAUGACCAGCAGUUAACAUCUGAAGAAUAUGAGAGAUCCUGGGAACAGAAUGAGGAAUUGGGUCUCAAUGAUAUGGACACCUCGUCUGCUGAUGCUGCUUACAACUCUCUGGAUUGGACACUAAACGAACGAACAGAUGGGUGACAUUCCUUUUUGUAUUUUGAUGAUUCUUUUUCUGGCUGCACUUCUUCAAGUUAUAUGGAGGAGAGAGCAUGUGUGCCUGGUUCUCUUUUUUGUGCACUCAGUUUGUAACAGUUGUUUAACUAUAACCAGUAUGCAAUCGGCACUCUUUGGGUCUAUUGUGUCAGGGGUGUCGUCGCUAUUUUGAGCAAUAUUUAUCUUGUUGGCCUAAAGAGGGUUAUUUAUAUUGUUAGCCAUGGUAGCAUAAAAGCUGUAAGGCUGUAUUUAAAGAAUGCCGCAUAACAUGGUUUUGACAGCAAUUUACGGGGUGUUAUCCUGUCAUCAUUAUUCGAUCACUCACUAUCAUUUCGUUGGCAGGGGUUGAUGUCGAACAGAGUGUGGGUUUGGAUUCGUCUUUGAUCUUGACCCAAUCUUGUAAUAAGCUCUAAUAUAAUGGGCUUGCAUAGUGGGUUCUUGUGUAAUCAUUUUGAAUCAUCCAACCUUAAAAUCAAUAACAUUUUUUGGAAGCUUUUUCUUUUUUCUUUUUAUGUGGAUU